AAGGCAGUGAAAGAGUCUGAAGAAAAGAAGCGCAAGAGACGGACGAGCAGAAGCCUGACACACGUUCAAAACCACACAAGAAAAAUGACCAAUUUCGAAGGCACCUGGAAAAUGAAAGACAGCCAGAAUUUUGAGGAGCUGCUCAAAGCCCUGGGUGUGAACGCCAUGCUGAGGAAGGUAGCAGUGGCGGCUGCGUCCAAACCCCAUGUGGAGAUAAAGCAGAACGGAGAGCACUUCUACAUCAAGACCUCCACCACAGUGCGCACCACAGAGAUCAAUUUCCUCAUCGGAGAGGAAUUUAAUGAGGAGACAGUGGACGGGAGGAAGUGUAAGAGCUUGGCCACUUGGGAAACAGAAAACAAGAUUUACUGCAAACAGACUUUGGUCAGCGGGAAUGGCCCCAAGACCUUCUGGAGCCGAGAACUCAAAGGAGACGAACUCAUACUGAUCUUUGGAGCCAAUGAUGUGGUCUGUACCAGGAUUUAUGUACGAGUGUAGCAGACGUCCAGGUCCUUCAGAGCUCAAGUUUCCUUCAUGAAAAAACUCUUUCAGUGUCUAACUGACGGGGUGAGGAUUACUCAAAUGACAUGCAACGUCUCAAAUAAUCUGCUUUGACACAAAACAAUUUGCACCUUUGUGAAACCAAUUUCAUCUUCACUUUACCGCUUGUUUUCUCCUUUUGUAUAUAAU